AUGUUACCUGCUGCUAUUAAAAUGGUAGAAAUGCUACAUGGAAGAAAAUAUGGUAAUGAUAUUCGAAAAAUUCCUUUGUCGAACGACACUGUCUCGAAUAGAAUUUCUGAUGUUAACAAUGAUCAAUUAGUACAACUUAUCAUAAGAAUUAAAGAAAGCCCAAAAUUUUCAAUUCAUUUGGACGAAACAACUGAUAUUACUAAAUUGGCUCAGUUGUUAGUAUAUGUCAGAUGCACAGAUGGUGCAAGAGCGAUGACGGGCAAAAAUAUUGGUUUCAAAUCAAUUUUUCAAGCUGCUCAUCAUGAUCAUAUAACUUUUACUCACUGCCUUAUUCUCCGAGAGGUUCUUGCAGCAAAAAAAUCACCACCAGAAUUGAACGAUGUGCUUCAGGAUGCAGUUAAGAUCAUAAAUUUCAUUAAGAGCCGUGCCGUUAACACCCGCUUAUUUUCAAAUCUCUGUAAGGAUACGGAUUCCAACUACACAACUUUUUUAUCACAUGCAGAAGUAAGAUGGUUGUCAAGAAGUCAAAGUUUAAGAAGAUUAUUGUUAUUAAAGGACGAGAUCGAAAUAUUUUUAACCGAACGAAAAUGCGCUCGAGACUGUUCCUUGAAAACUCGUCCUAUCGUAGAAAUACCCAUUCGUAUUCUCACACUGUUAUUUAACCUUGAAAGAAUAAAAAUAGAAAAUACCGACGGUUACAGGUAUUGUGAAGAAGAGCUCGGAUUACCAGAGCAGAUAAUGUCUGCAAGCACCGAGAUAGCAGGCACCCAUGCCCGGGUAUCUGGUUUGAUCAAAGUCGUAACGGGAUGA